AUGAGCAAUCGAAGUCUUGAACACGAGAUAGAGAACAUUUCGGUGAAUGGGUCUGAUUCCGAAUUGGCGCCAUAUGAAGGUUACGAUGACCAUGCUGAGGAACAAGUCAGGGAGCUCGCUCGUAAAUUAACUAACCAAUCAGCUGCAAAUGCUACGGAAUCAAGUCAAGAUCUAAUUAGAACAUUAACUUCUUUUUCGCAAGUUCCUGGAGUACAAUCUUUUGAAGGUGAUAUUGAUCCUAGACUGGACCCCAGCUCUCCACAGUUCAACGGUUCUUUUUGGAUCAAGAACUUUAGAAAAACGAUGGAUACCAAUCCAGAUUAUUACAAGCACUCCUCGUUAGGUAUCGGAUACAGGAAUUUGAGAGCAACAGGUGCUGCAUCUGAUGCUGAUUUUCAGGCAACAGUUUCUAAUUUGCCCUUGAAAUAUAUGCAAAGUAUCCGGUCUCUCCUAAGAAAUAAUACCAGUGAGGAAGGCCGUUUUGAUAUUUUGAAGACGAUGGAUGGCUUAAUGCUGCCGGGCACAGUGACAGUUGUCUUAGGUAGACCUGGUGCAGGUUGUUCAACUUUGCUGAAGACGAUCGCAGCUCAUACCUAUGGUUUUGAGGUUGCUCCAGAGUCUGAGAUAUCAUAUGAUGGUCUCAGUCCCAAACAAAUUAUCAGCAACUACAGAGGAGAGGUCGUCUACUCUGCUGAAACCGAUGUACAUUUCCCUCAGUUAACUGUUGGUGAUACCUUGAAAUUUGCUGCUCGUAUGAGAACUCCGCAGAAUCGUCCUGAAGGAAUUAGUAGGGAAGCCUAUGCCAAUCAUUUAGCGGACGUUUAUAUGGCUACUUACGGUCUCAGUCACACAAGAGGUACGAGGGUCGGUAAUGAUCUUGUGAGAGGUGUAUCUGGCGGUGAAAGAAAGCGUGUCUCCAUUGCAGAGGUUUCUCUUUGCGGAGCUCAAUUGCAAUGUUGGGACAAUGCCACUAGAGGGUUAGAUGCUGCAACUGCCUUGGAGUUUAUCAAGGCAUUGAAGACUCAAACUUCCAUUUUGGAUACUACCGCAUUGAUUGCUAUUUAUCAAUGUUCACAGGAUGCCUAUGACUUGUUUGAUAAUGUCGUUUUAUUGUAUGAAGGUUACCAGAUUUUCUUUGGUACUGCGGACUCUGCUAAGAAUUUCUUCGUUGAAAUGGGCUACGAUUGUCCAGCCAGACAAACGACGGCAGAUUUCUUGACAUCUCUUACCAAUCCUGCUGAAAGAAUUGUACGCAAAGGUUUUGAAGGUAAAGUUCCAAAGACUCCUGAAGAGUUUUCUCAAUAUUGGAGAGCUUCCCCGGAGUAUGCUGAGCUGGCAAGACGUGUUGACGCCUACAUUCAAGAGAACAAAGAUGGCCAUGGUGCACAGGCGUUCCAUGAUGCCCAUGUUGCCAAACAGGCAAGCUCAUCCCGCCCAAGCUCGCCUUUCACUCUAUCAUUCUGGAUGCAGAUAAGAUAUGUGAUGGGUAGAAACUUUCUUAGAACUAAAGCGGAUCCUUCUAUUACCUUAUUCUCUGUCAUUGCCAACUCAAUUAUGGGUUUAAUUUUAUCGUCAUUGUUCUACAACCUACCAGCUACCACAGGUUCUUUUUAUACCCGUACUGCGGCAUUAUUUUUCGCAGUGCUCUUUAAUGCCUUUUCUUCCAUGUUGGAAAUUAUGGCAUUGUUCGAGUCCCGUCCAAUUGUGGAGAAGCAUAAGAAAUAUGCCCUUUACCAUCCUUCUGCUGAUGCUUUGGCGUCUAUCAUUACUGAACUCCCGCCCAAGAUUUUGACAUCCAUUGCCUUCAACUUAAUCUAUUAUUUUAUGGUGAACUUUAGAAGAGAGCCAGGCCGAUUCUUUUUUUACUUUCUGAUAUCGAAUUUUGCAACACUUUUCAUGUCUCACAUCUUUCGAACCUUAGGUGCUGCCACCAAGACAUUGUCCGAGGCCAUGACCCCCGCUGCCCUUAUGCUACUGGCUAUGGUUAUUUACACUGGUUUUGUUAUUCCAACCCCGAACAUGCUUGGUUGGUCCCGUUGGAUUAACUAUAUAAAUCCAAUUGGUUAUGUUUUCGAAUCACUAAUGUGUAAUGAGUUCCAUGGAAGAGACUUUGAAUGCUCACAAUUUGUACCUGAUGGUCCAGGCUUUGAAAAUUAUGGUCUGGAGAACAAAGUUUGCUCUACUGUCGGAGGCCUACCAGGUGACUCAUUUGUUUCCGGAUCUCGUUAUCUGGUCGAAUCUUUCAAUUACGAUAACGGCUGGAAAUGGAAAAAUUUUGGAAUUAUCGUUGGUUUCACCGUGUUUUUCUUGAUUGUUUACAUGAGUUUAUGCGAGUUACAGAAAGGUGCUAUGCAGAAGGGUGAGAUUGUCUUAUUUCAGGCUUCAACGCUAAGGAAAAUCAAAAAGCAGAACAAAAAUAGAGUAUCUGACGUUGAAUCAAGUGAUUCAAACGAAAAAAUAAUUACGGAGCAGGAUGCAUCUGAUGAGGGCGAAGGUGUCGCUGCACUGCAGGCUGGGAAGGAUAUAUUUCAUUGGCGUGAUGUCUGUUAUGACAUCAAACAAAUUAAUAGAAGAAUCUUAGAUCACGUUGAUGGGUGGGUUAAACCUGGUACACUGACUGCACUUAUGGGUGCAUCUGGUGCUGGUAAGACCACUCUGCUCGAUGUUUUGGCAAACCGUGUUACGAUGGGUGUUGUUACUGGUAAUAUGUUUGUCAAUGGUCGUUUGAGAGAUUCUUCAUUUCAAAGAUCGACUGGAUAUGUUCAACAACAGGAUUUACAUCUAGAAACUUCAACUGUCAGGGAAGCUUUAAGAUUCUCCGCAUACUUGCGGCAGCCAAAAUCUGUAUCAAAAGCUGAGAAAGACGCCUAUGUCGAGAAUGUCAUUAAGAUUUUAGAAAUGUCUAAGUAUUCCGAUGCUGUUGUUGGUGUUGCUGGUGAAGGACUGAAUGUGGAGCAGAGAAAAAGAUUGACCAUCGGUGUUGAACUAGCAGCUAAACCUCAAUUGUUACUGUUUUUAGAUGAGCCCACUUCAGGUCUAGACUCUCAAACUGCUUGGUCUAUUUGUAAAUUGAUGAGAAAACUUGCCGAUAAUGGCCAAGCUGUUCUUUGUACUAUCCACCAACCUUCGGCCAUCUUACUUCAAGAAUUUGAUAGAUUAUUGUUUUUGCAAAAAGGUGGUCAAACUGUCUAUUUUGGAAACUUAGGUAAGAAUUGCACCUCACUUAUACAAUACUUUGAAAGUCAUGGUUCUCCCAAAUGUCCACCUGAGGCUAACCCAGCAGAGUGGAUGUUAAGUGUUAUCGGAGCUGCGCCUGGAUCUGUUGCUGAUAAGGAUUAUCAUCAAGUUUGGUUAGAAUCUGCUGAGAGAGCCGCUGUUCGUGAAGAGCUAGCUAUUAUGGAAAGAGAGUUAGUAAAAAUUCCUAAGGACGACUCACCUGAGGCCAGAAUGGAGUUCGCUGCCCCACUCUUAAGCCAGUAUUUCAUUGUUCUGGCGAGGGUUUUUCAGCAGUAUUGGAGAACUCCAUCUUAUCUUUGGUCGAAGAUUCUUCUGACAAUUAUUUCAGCUCUUUUUAACGGGUUCUCAUUCUUCAAAGCCAGUAACUCUCUUCAAGGUCUGCAGAAUCAAAUGUUUUCGAUAUUCAUGUUUACGAUUAUAUUAUUGACUAUGAUUCAACAAAUGUUACCCCAUUACACAGCUCAGAGAGAUCUAUAUGAAGCUAGAGAAAGACCUUCCAAAACAUUCUCUUGGCUGGCUUUCAUCUUGGCACAAAUUACUGUUGAGGUUCCAUGGCAAUUGGGUGUCGGAACUAUUGGUUUCUUUUGUUGGUAUUAUACUGUUGGUUUCCAGAAUAAUGCCACAUCUGCAGACAUUCAUGAAAGAGGUGCGUUAAUGUGGUUGUAUGUUACGGCUUUCUAUAUUUACACGUCUACUCUUGGUCAAGCCUGUGUUGCGGGUAUGCAAGUAUAUGAUAAUGCUGCAAAUUUGUCAACUUUGUUAUAUACCAUGUCUUUGAACUUUUGUGGUGUUUUGAAAAUUCCUACUGGAUUUUGGAUUUUUAUGUACCGAGUUUCACCCUUCACUUAUUGGGUUCAAGGUGUGCUUGCUGUUGGUUUAGCUAAUUCGGAUUUGGAAUGCUCCAAUGUUGAGUUACUGCUGAUACAGCCACCCAAUGAAAUGACUUGUUCUGAAUAUCUCGACCCUUAUAUCGAGUUGACCACAGCUGGUUACAUCGUGGAUGAAGAUCAAAAUGCUACUUCUGAUUGCCGUUUCUGCCCUGCAUCUUCUACAAACACUUUUCUCUCCUCAGUCCAAUCGAAGUAUUCAGAAAGAUGGAGAAACUGGGGUAUUUUCAUAUGUUAUAUUGCUAUCAAUAUGUUCUUCACUGUUUUCUUCUAUUGGCUUUGCAGAGUGCCAAAGUCCAAUAAUAGAGUCAAGAAUGAAGAAGCAUCUGAAGCUGAGUUGGAGCAAAUUACUAUUGAAAGACAACAAACGCGCGAAUCCAAGCAUUCCAAGAACUCUCUUUCUCGUAGAGCUACGUCUACCAGAGCUUAG